AUGGCCGGCGUCAUUGAAACAGCCUUCAUCCAACUAAAACCGGGGUACGAUGAGGAUAGGCUACGAAACAUCCUCAAGGAAACCCAGCAAGUACAAGCUCAAUGGAUCAGAGAACACCAACCCAAUCUCCUUGAAGGAAAACCCUAUAACUAUACCACCGACAUUUGGAUCACCGAUGGCGAAGCACCGUACCUAUUUCUCACAGCACCAUGGAAAUCUGUGGAUGGUCACAAUGAAUGGAUCCAAAGUCGAGAGAAUAUCUCUCUAAUGCAGGAGCUCAAAGAAUUCAUCAGUCAAGGCAAAGACGCUGUGGCCUUGUAUCAUCUGGAACCAGCUGGAGAAAAUGAAUUUCGAGGAGAUAUUCUUGCCAGAGGAUCGGUCAAGGUCUGGAAGAUAUCAGUGAAGCCCGAAGAAAAAGCAACUCUCGAAAAAGAUUAUCGUUCCAUCGAGACCCAAUCCGCAACACUUCCAGGUCAAAGAAUGUGGGCAGGAUGGAAGAUAGAAGGUGACGAUUCAAAUAUGGUCAUCCUCGCAUCCCCAGGCUUCGAAGACGUGAUCGAGUCCGGUAUAGCUGUGAGGUUCGAAGCUACCAAAGUCUCCCGCUUCGAACACAAGCCCUUUCUAAAUUAG